UAAUCUCAGAAUUUUGACUAUUUUACAAUAUUAAAAAUAACUCUUUUUUCGUAUGAAACGGAAGAAAUCUGUACGCCGGAGACCUUUAACUCUUGUCGCCAUGGUAACAGCACACUUAGCAAAGCAGCUAACGCUAGGAGUUUUUGAAUUUAGCUAACGUCUCUACGGGCAGCUGGAUGCUACGUUUGUCAUUCAGAAGCGUUUAGGGAAAGAUGGAAAGCUUCAUAUAUGACUCGGGAACAAAAACUGUCCAUGAAUCGGCGCAGGGUGUGGUUCUCCGAGCGGGUAAAGACCUCCCUGUUAUCGGUGACCUCAGGGUCCUGGACAACCUGAGGGCCCUGGAGGAGGCCUGCCGGGUGUCAUCCUGCUUCUUCGGGAAAGUUCAGAAGGACAUCCUGCCGCACAUGAGGAGGAUUGUCACCGUGUGGAUGUUAAAGGUGUGUGAGGAGCAGCUGUGUGAAGAGGAGGUGUUUCCGCAGGCGGUGCAUUACAUGGACUCUUACCUGAGCCGUUUUCCUAUCGAGAGGUCCAAGCUGCAGCUUUUAGGGGUGGCUUGCAUGUUCAUAGCCUCCAAAAUGAGAGAAACUGUCCCCUUGACAGCAGACAAGCUUUCUGUCUACACAGACAACUCUGUCUCAGUCUCAGAUAUUUUGCAGUGGGAGGUGGCGGUGGUGUCCAGGUUAGACUGGUGUCUGGCCUCUGUGGUCCCCUCUGACUUCCUGGAGCCCAUUCUUCAUGCUCUCCCUUUCGUCCAGGCCCCUCACCUCCAGCACAUCCGCCGACAUGUUCACUCCUACAUCGCUGUGGCAACAAUGGAUUGCAGGUUUUUAUCCUUCCUGCCCUCUACUCUUACAUGUGCCUGUGUGAGCACCGCCAUACAGAAAGUAAAGAUGGUGGACAGCCACAACUUAGAGUCAGUUAUCAAGUUUUUGGCCAGCCUGUUGGCUGCUGAUCUGAGUACUCUCAUCUGCUGCUGCGAGCUGUUAGGAAGCGUGUUGGAGCUCAGUCUGCCCUCCUGUUUCUAGGAGGGAGUUGGCAGGAGAGAAGCACACAGUUCAGAGAUCAGCUACACUCCUGCAGACAUCCAGGAUGUUAUCCUGACACCGCUUAUACCAUCUCAGGAAAUUAAGCUCAAACAUUCCUCCCUGCCAUGAACUAUUCAGAUGAUUUAAACAGAAGCCAGAAGACUAAAUUUGGGAAACAGCGGAGUUCUAUCCACGCCCCAAUUUCUAAAUGUUAUUUUCUCAAUAUAAUGAAUGAAAAAAAACAACCUGUUGUUGAAUUUAUAUUGUAUUUAAAAAAUAUCUGUUCUAAAAAUUCUGAUUGUGCUUGCGAUUAAUCUGUGAUACUAAGCUGCACUUCAACCUUGACAGCAAUGUUUGAUUACUUUCUACAAUAGUCUGAGUUUCUUUGUACCUCAUCAGCUGCUCUGAUAAGUUGAAACUGAUGUUGUUGCACUUUUCCAACAACUCUCACCUUAAAUGAGUCCAGUUUAAAAAAGAAACUAAACAUUCAUGUGGAUCACAAACAACAUUAGUCAGCAAAUGAACAAAUGAGUUCUUUGUUUUUUUUAUUGAUUUCUUCAUCCCAGGAAAGUAGAUCAAACAAACCAAUGACAAGCUGGAAACUUUGGCCAGCACAGACAUCAUAACAUGCAUGAGCAGAGCCUCCGAACUUUCACCUUCUCUGAGGAAAGGAAAAAGUCAAAAUGCCCACAUACACCGUACUCUAUUCAGUGAAAGUGCCUUUGUAAAGUUGCUUGUUUGCCUUAUAACUUCCAGUUGAAACAUGAUUUCUUGUGAACAUACGCAGGCGAUCUGUUCCUGAUGAUCUACAAUAAAACUACCAUAUUAAUUUAAAGCCAAAAGAUUUUUUGAACAGCAG